AUGUCUACCGCUCCGCCUGCCUCACCUUCGCCAACUGGCACGUCCACUAGCCGCCCGAUCCCCACAACUACCUCAGGCGGUGACGUCAUCCAGGUUCCCAGACUGGUCAUUGCCGAAAUUCCUGUGGAUAUACCGGGUUACUCGCGAGACGACUGGAAGCACUGGGUGGACGUGGACAGAGACUGCCAGGAUACCAGGGCCGAGGUAUUGAUCCAAGAGUCCACCACAGUCCCAGCAUUCAACACAGACCGCAAUUGCCGGGUUAUUGGAGGGAGUUGGGACGGCCCGUACACCGGACAGACCUUCACGGAAGCGAGCGACGUGGACAUCGAUCAUCUGGUGCCCCUGAAGAAUGCCCACGUCUCCGGGGCCUGGCAGUGGGACGAGGCUCGCAAGGAAGACUACGCCAACAGCAUAGCCACUGACUUUCACCUUAUAGCCGUGGACAAGUCCUCCAACCGGGCCAAAGGGGCCAAGGGGCCGGAGGAAUGGCAGCCCCCGGACGAAACCUACCGCUGUCAAUACGCACAGGACUGGAUCGCAGUUAAGGAUGCGUGGGGCUUGACGGCCACUGUCAACGAAUGGGAGGCUCUGCAAGGUAUGCUGGGUCAGUGCUCGGGCGCGGUAAAGUUGAUGGACGGCGCCGGAACCAUUGCCCUGUUGCCCACGGAGCAACCAGUUCCUGCUCCCACCGGAGUUCCGUCUCCAACUGCCCCAACCGGGCCGCUGCUGAUUACCGAAAUAAUGGCCGAUCCCGCGGCGGUCAGAGACACGGCAGGGGAAUGGUUCGAGGUUUAUAACGCCGACGCAGAAUUGGCGGUCAACCUGGAGAACUGGACAAUUCGACGGGCCAACGGGGACGAGCACCGGAUUCUCUCAAGGGUUGUGGUCCUGCCGGAAGGCUACGUGGUCCUAGCUCGCAACGGGGACGAGUCUGCCAACGGCGGCAUUACCGCGGUCUACGAAUACCAGGGAAUCAACCUGACCAAUGACGAGGACUCCAUAGAGUUGGUAGAUUCUUCGGGGCAAUUGGUUGAUCGAGUUGCCUACAACGCCGACCUGGUAUUCCCCGGCGCCUCCACUUCCCUAGAGCCCACUGCACUGAACGCUGACGCCAACGACAAUCCAGACAACUGGUGCCGUGCUUCUUCGGCCAUGGACAACGGGGACUUUGGAACGCCCGGGGAGGAAAACGACCCUUGCUGA